AUGUCGUUAGCUCCUUGCCAAGCUUUCCACGGGAAAUUCGCUCUGGCCGCUGCCCGGAGCGCACGGCCGCCGCGCGGGGCCUGGAGGACCCGCCCAGGCCGCUCUCAUAGGAGGGCGCGGGGCGGGCCUGGCCGGGGGCGGUGCCGCGCGCCCCGCUCGCCUAUAAGGAGCGGCCGGCCAGGGUGCGGAUCCCAGCGCCGGCGGCCGAGGUGCAGCGGCCGUGCGCCCGGCUCGCCGCCUGCUGUUGCAGCGGGGCUCGGCUUUGCGCCUUUAAGGAGGGGGAGCGGAGGGCGAGGCGGGCGAGGCGGGCGAGGCGGGCGCGCACAGCGAGCGGCAGGUGCGGGCCCCGCAGCUCCAGCCGCAGCUCCAAGGCAGACCCCGCUGUGCUUUCGGUGGUGCUUCUGGACACGGGAUGAAGUGAAGCGGCGGGUGGCUCUCCUGGGGGGGGGGGGAGGGGGCCAGGCGGCGCGCAGGAGAGAGGACGACAGGAGUGAGAGAGAGAAAGAGAGAGAAGGCGCAGCGGCAGCCGCGGCCGGCGCCUGCGAAUUUGGGAUCCGACUGGGAGGGACUGCUUCCUCGGGGGAAAUGGAUUCUGUACCACGGCUGACCAGCGUUCUCACUUUGCUGCUCUCCGGCUUGUGGCAUGUAGGAUUCACAGCGACAAAUUACAAUUGUGAUGACCCAUUAGCAUCCCUGCUCUCUCCAAUGGCUUUUUCCAGUUCUUCAGACCUUGCUGGUACUCACAGCCCAGCUCAACUCAACCGAAGAGUUGGAACUGGUGGUUGGUCCCCAGCAGAUUCCAAUGCUCAACAGUGGCUCCAGAUGGACCUGGGAAACAGAGUGGAGAUUACAGCAGUGGCCACGCAGGGCAGAUAUGGAAGCUCUGACUGGGUGACGAGUUACAGCCUGAUGUUCAGUGACACAGGACGCAACUGGAAACAGUACAAGCAAGAAGACAGCAUCUGGGUAGGACAUCUUUUCUCUUCUGGUGAAUAA